GCAACCCCAGUGGAGAGCGCUGUGGAAAGACCUGUUUGGAAGAGCGCGAUAACCAGUGGUUGGGUGUCAGCUUAUCAAGGCAGCCAAAAGAAAACGGAUCUAUCCUGGCUUGUGGACAUAGAUGGAAAAAUAUCUUUUACAUAAAAAAUGAACACAAACUACCUUACGGUAUUUGUUUUGCCAUCUCUUCUGAUUUUCGAACUGAACUGAGUAGAAGAAUAUGUCCAUGUUACAUAGAUCACGUGCGAAAGUUUGGAGAAAACCAUGGGUCAUGCCAGGCUGGAAUGUCUAGUUUUUACAUUGAGGAUUUGAUUAUAAUGGGAGCACCGGGAUCAUUUUAUUGGACUGGUUCUGUUUUUGUAUACAAUACAACUGCAAAUACAAUCCACGCUUAUGCGGAUUCAAAUAACCAAGUGAAAUUUGGCAGUUAUUUAGGAUACUCUGUUGGAGCUGGGCAUUUUUUGACGUCAACCAGUAUAGAAGUCAUAGGAGGAGCUCCUCAACAGGAGCAGACUGGUAAAGCAUACAUAUUUAACAUUGAGAAGCAACUAAAUAUCCUAUUUGAACUAAAGGGUAAAAAGCUCGGUUCUUACUUUGGAGCUGCGGUUUGUGCUGUGGACCUGAAUUCAGAUGGCCUCUCAGACUUGCUAGUGGGUGCUCCGAUGCAAAGUACCAUUAGAGAAGAAGGAAGAGUUUACGUUUACAUCAAUUCAGGUUCUGAGGCAAAACUGGCAGAACUAGAUAUAGAGCUCAGUGGGAGUGACUCAUAUGCAGCCAGGUUUGGAGAGUCCAUAGCCAAUCUAGGAGACAUUGAUAAUGAUGGUUAUGAAGAUGUAGCAAUAGGGGCUCCACAGGAAGAUGAUCUAGAAGGAGUUAUUUAUAUAUACAACGGCAGGGACGAUGGAAUAACUCCAUCAUUUUCACAGAGAAUACAAGGACAUCAUGUCAGUAAUGGUUUGAGCAUGUUUGGACAAUCCAUAGCAAGUGGCGUUGAUGCAGAUAACAAUGGCUAUCAAGAUGUAGCAGUUGGUGCAUUUCUCUCCAAUUCUGCUGUGCUGCUGAGAACAAAACCAGUGAUAAUUGUUGAAGCUUCUCUAAAACACCCCGAUUCAAUAAAUCGAACUAACUUAAACUGCAUGGAAAAUGACCAGCCUGCCACCUGUAUGGAUUUAAAGCUGUGCUUUACAUACACAGGGCGAGAAGUACCUGGCUACAUAGUUUUGUUUUAUAAUCUGAGUGUGGAUGUGAACAGAAAAGUGGAUACACAAGCAAGAUUUUAUUUUUCUUCCAAUGGAACGUCUGAUACAAUCUCUGGAAAUAUAAAGAUUUAUAGCAAGAAAAUUGCUUGCAAUGAUCAUCCAGCAUUUAUGAGGAAAGAUGUAAGGGAUAUCUUGACUCCUAUACAUGUUGAAGCAAGUUAUCAUCUGGGGCGUCAUAUUCUACAGAAAAGAAGAAACGAAGAAUUUUCACCACUUCAACCAGUUCUUCAAAGGAGAAAAGAAAAAGAUGUUAUUAAAAGCAAGUUUGUUUUUGCAAGGCUUUGCUCCCACGAAAAUUGUUCUGCCGACCUAAGAGUUUCCGGAAAAGUUUUGUUUCCAAAGCCUAAUGAAAAGAAAACGUAUCUUACUGUUGGAAACACAAAGACAUUGUUAUUGAACGUUUCUUUGCUCAACACUGGAGAUGAUGCGUAUGAAACCGUCCUCCACAUUCAAAUCCCGAGAGGUCUUUAUUUCAUCAGAGUUUUAGAAGUGGAAGAAAAGCAGAUACAUUGUGAUGUAGUAGAUAAAGAUACUCAUGCAGUGAAACUUGAGUGCAGCGUUGGCUACCUAUAUGUAGAUCAAAAAUCAAAGCUGGAUUUUAGUUUCCUCUUGGAUGCAAGUUCAUUUACUAGAGCAGAUGACGACCUGAACCUCAUCAUUAAUGCUACCUGUGAAAACGAAGAUGUGAACACAUUGUUGGAUAAUACUGUAACUUUAGUUGUACCUCUGAAAUACGAGGUUGAGUUAAAUGCUCAUGGAUUUGUUACACCAGCUUCAUUUAUUUAUGGAACAAAUGAGAAAGAUUCACCAGUUACUUGCAUGAAGGAGAACAUCAACUUCACUUUCCAUCUUAUCAGUUCAGGACCAAGCAUGGCUCCAAAUACAGACUUGGAGAUAAUGGUACCUAAUGCCUUUCCACCCAACAACUUCAAAUUAUUCAACUUGCUGGAUAUCAAGGCAACUACUGGACAAUGUUCCUAUACUAAAUAUCCUAGAAACUGUAACGCUGCAGGGAAGAAUGACAACAUAUUAAAGGAUCUUGUCACUUUCUUUUCAAAGCCCGAUAAGAGACGCAUGUACUGCAUGAAAAAUGACAGUCUUUGUUUGCAAAUACACUGCAAGCUUGGAAACAUGGAAAGCGGAAAAGAAGCAACUGUUCAGGUGCAUCUGGAGGCUACUCCUUCACUUUUAGAAAUGGAUGAUGCAUCAGCCUUGGAGUUUGAAGUGAGAGCAACAGCAUCACCAGAAAAAAAUGGAAAAGUUAUUGAACUACAGAAGAACAAGCAAUCUGCUUAUGUGUACUUAGAAGGACUGCACCACCAAAAGCCAAAAUACCGUGUUACUGUCCUGAUAAUUGGGAUAGGCUUAAUAGUUGGUGUUACCUUGUUUCUGCUUCUUUCAUUUAUAUUAUGGAAGAUUGGCUUCUUCAAAAGGCCAUACAAACCAGUCUCUCAAGACCAGGACAGAAGAGACAGCUGGAGUUUUACAAAUGGAAAUAAAGAUGACUAAGAUGGCAAAUAAAAGCUCUUUACAAAU